AUGGAGCCCGUUGUGUUCGACCAGUCGCCGCUCGCCGAGUACCUUCGUGAUGAAGGCGAAAACGAGCAGGCAGAUUGGGCGCACGAGGAUCCUCCAAACUACGACUUGUCACCUCCCUCGAGCCCAGAAUUCGCGCCGACAGGUCGGCCCAUGGUCAGGUCGAGAUUUCGCAACAACCCUCUACAGAUAAACAUUCCGACCAAGUCCUCCACCGACAAGUCCUACAGAAAGAGCUACUCAAUUGCGGUAGCGUCUAGGAUUGACCGAGCCGACAACUCCAAAUUCCUCGAGCAAUUUCGCUAUACCAUUAUCGCAUCCCAGCUAUUGAGUGGACACUCAAUAUUAUCCCAGCACCAUGCAUCAUCCCGGCCUGCCAACCCUCCGAUUGACGGCAAUUCGACCGACAAGUUGCUGGACUCAACAGGCGCUGUCGCAGCAGUCUUGAGCGCCUUGGCUUUGGCCGUCACGAUCAACUGGCUCGCAGGUUCGGGAACUUGGAACAAGAAAUGGGUUGCGGUAAUUCUGUUUGUGGCCGUGAUCGCUGCAGGGAUCGUCCAUGUGUUUAUGCGGAGGCAGUGGUUGAGGUAUAGACGGCUGCAAGCAAUGUCAGAGGUCACUGCGUUUGUUUCAAACUCUCAGGAAUUCGACAGCGCGACUGGCGCGGCCGUCGCAUUGGUACAAGAGGUGGAACUUGUGUCCAGAGGCUACCGUCUGAGUGCGCCACUGCCGCCUAUCAGUCGCAUCGAAGACCGCUCACAGACUCGGAAGUGCGUGCGCCUGCGCAAAGCCUUGAAGGCUUGCUUUGCAGAUGUCAUUCCAGCCUACGAUCAGACCAUGCUUGUGGUCAAGGGGUUCUCGGAGCAGCUCGACCUGGAGAAGUACUACGAUAUUUACGAUAUAAGCGACUUCGACAUGUCGGAUGCCAAAUUGGGGUUCAAGGAAAAUGAGUUUGACGACCCCGAGUCCCUGCGGACGCUCAAGAUUCUCGCCGCACGGUUCCACACCAUCCGUAAGAUGUUUUUGUGUGCGCUACUGGCCUUGGACGCAAGUGGUGAUAGCAGCGACCUGCUGAGGUGGACAACUACGGUCGAAGCGGUGCGCACGCUCAACACGGUUACACAGACUGCGUUCGAGAGGCUGAGGAGACUUUUGAGUGAGGAAGAGUCAUUCCCGGCACCGCCAACUCCAAAGAUGCCCCUGACACCCGGCAGGGAGAGAUGGAGAUCACAAUUGCGCAAGCUUAAUUCCCUAUCCAGUGGGAUCCGCGGUCUUCAAGCGAAGUUGACACUGCUUCGAGAGGAGUCGGACCGCAGUCUCAACGAAUCCGACGACAUUUCCGAGCUUGGUUCCGAUCUCAUGGCUCAGUACGAAUCUAUUGGCGCGGACUUGAAGAUCCUGAUGCAGGCUUGGGAGGAAGGCAAAGCAGCCCUUGCAGUGGGCAUUGACCGGAAUGAGAAGAGGCUCUCGUCUAUGAGCACCUUGCUGUCUCCUGCUAGCUCGCUAAGCGGGCUUACAACUGUGGAAGAAGGAGGCGCUGCUGAAGCUCUGAAGGCGCUCAACGGAGAGUCGCCAUCGAGUUUACACUUCAGCAGCACAGGCGAACCCGACACCGAAGAGAUCUUCGAGGCUGUCGCCCUGCCACGGCCAAAAAGUCUGCUUACCAGAGAGGAACGCAUCAUCAAGAUGAGGGAAGAUCGAGAAAAGCGAGAAUCACUCAGAGAAAAAGCGGAUGCAAACAGGGGCAUGCUCAAGGAGCUCGAGAUGGUCAUCAACCUACGACCCCGCCCUCGCGCAGGGACCAAUCCGUCACGCAUCGUUUCGAUGUGA